AUGGACAUUAGAGAGAAUGCAGACUCUGUCAGGCUGGUGAAUGGGACUAGUCUGUGCUCAGGCAGACUGGAGGUGAAGUCUAAGCACUCUAACCAUUCUAACCAGUGGUGGUCCUCAGUGUGUGAAGAUGACUUUGACCAGCAGGAUGCAGAGGUGGUCUGUAGGGAGCUUGGUUGUGGGGCUCCUUCAGUCCUUCAGGGGGUGCUCUAUGGAGAAGUGGAGGCUCCAAUGUGGACCAAAGAGUUCCAGUGUGGAGGCCAUGAGUCUGCUCUCCUGGACUGUAGAAGCUCAGGCUCAGAUAGAAACACCUGCUCACCUGGCAAAGCUGUUGGACUCACUUGCUCAGGUAGAAGAGGAUUGGUGGGAGGAGACAGUCGCUGUGCAGGAAUACUGGAGGUGAAACAAGGAGACUGGAAACCAGUACAUGGCUAUGGCUGGACCCUGAAGGAAGUAUCUGUUGCCUGUAGAGAGCUGGACUGUGGCUCUGCUGUUUCUGUAGGACAGAGAGAGGAGUCCUCAUCCAGAUCUGUGUGGUUGAUCUACUCUGACUGUGUUCAGUCUGGAUCUGCUCUGAGGGAGUGUUUAACAUGGUAUUCCUCUUCCUCCAUCCAGUAUCUCACC